AUGAGGCGUCUCCUUAUCACGUGCCGUUUCCCUUCCGAAUGCCCCACAAUACCCAGCGUCGGAUGGCCGAAAUCGCCAUAUCUGAAUAUACCGUUAACAGCAUGCUCUAUCAGGCCUCACAGGACAAAUUCGCUUCUAUUUCACGUUGACUCUCAUUCUCCCGGUGUCGGAAGUCUGCUAAAAACCACCUGCACCCUUGACGAAGUAUGUCUAUCAGAUCAAGUGGAAGAGAUAGCGACCAAAUAUCCAGGGAGAACUUUGGAGAUAAUAAUAAGAACCACACAACCUCCACUGGUUACUUUGCGCCAAGCACAUCUCUACGACUUUCCGCUAUCCACGUCUCUAUUGCGCCUGGUGCUGCUCUGUUACAAGCCAACGUCGACCUCUACAGUUCGUUCUACAACCACAACUGACUGA